AUGAUCGAUAAUUUACAUCACAGCCUGGACCAUGGAACGCAAACCACCAGCAGUCUCUGCCCCAUAGAUUCUGUUCCUAAUUCUGCUUCCACACAAACGAAGCCCGGUGAAUCUCAGAUCCGGGUUCCGAUGUCAAACGUGUCGGCUGUGGUUGGCUUUAAAGCUGUAAUACCUUGCAACAUUGAUCCAUUGAAGAAAAGCGAGGUGGUGAGCAUGGUUUUUUGGUACAAAGACAAGAGGGAUGGCGAACCGAUAUACAGCUUGGAUGCUCGCGGCAGAUCGAUAGCCCAAGCGAGGUUCUGGUCAGAUCCAUACAUGUUCGGCGAAAGAGCGAUCAUGAGGACGAACGUGGAAUCUGUGAAAUUGGAAAUCAAUCCUUUGGAAACAACCGAUGCGGGGGUAUACAGGUGCAGGAUGGAUUACAAAAAUAGUCCAACGAGAAAUCACAAGGUUAAUCUCACAGUGAUAGUGCCGCCAAGCAAGCCGGUGAUUUACACCGGGGAGAACUCUGGUAGAACUUUGGCCAAUAUGCAGCAACCCUUCAAUGAGGGUAGUGACUUGUCCUUACUAUGCGAAGUAAUCGGAGGUUUUCCGCCGCCGAAGGUCACAUGGCAUUUUCAGGACGAAAUAAUGGACGAUACGUAUACACUAGAACAUGGUGGCAUCACUAUAAAUCAUCUUUACAUCCCAAAAGUAACGCGAAACUUCCUAAGAGCUAAACUAACCUGCCAAGCGAACAACACCCAUCUAGUACCAUCAUUGACGUCAGAGAUUAUUUUAGAUAUCAACUUAAAACCAUUGAUAGUGAACAUCACAAACAAACGCGUACAUUUAUCGGCAUUAAGAACAUACGAAAUUGAAUGUGUUAGUUCGGGUUCCAGACCGGAAGCCGUGAUCACGUGGUGGAAAGGAAACCACCAAGUGAAACAUAUGGCCAGAAAUUUUGCAGAUAGUCCGAACAUUACGAAAAGUAUUUUAAGUUACGUUCCGACCAUGGAGGAUGAUGGAAAGUAUUUGACUUGUCGAGCUGAGAAUCCAGUUGUACCUGAGAGCGCAUUAGAAGACAAAUGGCGGCUAUUGGUUUACUACGCUCCAAUAGUGACGAUCAAACUAGGUUCAAGCUUGAAAGCGAACGAUAUAAAUGAGGGUGACGACGUUUACUUCGAAUGCAACAUACAAGCAAACCCGGAGGCGUACAAGUUGGUCUGGUACAAAGACAAUAAGGAGUUACAUCAAAAUGCAACUGCUGGAAUUUUUCUUCCCAGCGGGCAAUCUCUAGUUUUGCAAAGCGUGACUAGAAAUUCUGCUGGUGAAUAUUCCUGUAUGGCAGUCAAUGCUGAAGGGAAAUCUACUAGUAGGCCAGUCACACUCGAGGUAUUAUAUGUACCGAUCUGCAAGGACGGUUCUUCGACUCAAGUGGUUGGUGCUUUGAAGCACGAGACGAUCUCGUUGGUAUGUGCUGUUCAGUCGAAACCGCCACCCACAACUUUCCACUGGACCUUCAAUAAUUCCGGAGAGCUGAUGAAUGUGCCUGCCAAUAAAUUUACACAUGUCAAACCUGUGAGUCUGAUCACUAGCCACUGGCACGGCUCCAGGCUGAAUUACACGCCAGCAAACGACAUGGACUACGGCACGGUUGCUUGCUGGGCCAAAAACCGGAUCGGGGUGCAAAAGACCCCGUGUGUUUUUCAGAUCAUCGUGGCCGGAAAACCUUACCCCCUGCAAAAUUGCACAGCCCUUCAGUCGACUGGACCCUACGCGUAUCGAAUGGGUCAUGAGGACUUUAAAGCCACCGACUCGAGAGACGCUGACUGGCUGAUUGUCAGAUGCUCGGAGGGAUUUGAUGGCGGUUUGCCCUUGACUAAUUACGAACUCGAGGUCUAUAGCGAAGAGAACGUUAAUCAUGUCAAUACCAUCUACUUGAAUCGCACAGAGAGAUCCAGUUCAUCCGGUCCGGUUUUCGAAGUUCCUGGUUUAGAACCUGGUCGUAACUACAGGCUACAUCUGUACGCAGUCAACGCUAAAGGACGUAGUGAUCCUGUUGUCCUUGAACCAGUCACGCUGAAAGGAGUUGCUAUGUAUACCACUGGACGUGAAACUUCGAACGAAAGCACGGACUAUAGCUUGCUGGUGGCUUGUUUCGCUGGUGGGAUAACGGCCUUGUGCAUUUUGAUCGUUGGGAUAACUCUGACCUUGUAUCGUCGCAGUCGUCCCAUGCAACCGAUGAAAACUCACACCGAAGUGGUGCAAUAUGGGAACAAAGAGGACAAUGUGGUGAUAACGCCUUUGAACAAAGAAUCCAGGGACAAGACCAAGGGACAAAUGUCCGCUGAUAUGGCUGACGAUGAUCCCGACGUGAUUCCAAACAAGGUGGACAAGAGACCGGACAUUUUCGAGGCAAAUUUCGGGACCACGAAGCCGGAAAGAACGAAAGACUUCAGCCAUUUGGAAAAUCUUGAUUAUCCGUCACCGUCAUCGGUGCUGCACACCAAGAACUCGUGGGUUUAUCCAAACGGAUACACGGAGAAAGUCGAAAAAAGUCUGAGCCCAUUGCGACCCAGUACACUUCCGGUCCAUCGUAGUCACGAUAUCUACACGAGAAGUUCGCGCGUUCAAGAAAGUUGUAUAUAAGCAGUUUUUCGUUCAUAAUCGCGACGUCAUGACUGAAACUCGGCAAAUUAAUGAGUUGCGUUCCGCUUCAUUGCUCACUUCGAAUUGUGCUAUGGCAAAUGUGUUGUGAAAAAGAAUGUAAGAAGUGCUUCGUCCGGAACUUGCUGAUGGAUUCUUUAGUGAGACUAUCUAGCAAAAUCUUGCCUUAGACGGCGAGAUAGUCACGACGGUACACGUGGUUUACUCCAAAAGACUAUAUUUGUUAAAUUUGUUCUGUGUUAUAAUGUUUUUCCUGAACUUUUCGUUUAAAAAACGAGUGAUCACUCUUAGAGUAUCCUUCUCGUCACAAAGGAUGAGUUGUGGAAUAGAUAUGAAUCCUGUUGAUUGGGUAACUGCAAAAUCCAUUUUUAUUUAUUCUAAUCACAAAGAUAGUGAUUACGUAUUUUCGUUUCAGCUACUAAUAAAUUUGCAUAAUUUGUAAGACUUUAGUAUUAGUGACCAAAACGGUAGUUCCCUUAGAAGGUGCUACACUGAUGGAAAAAUCUUCCUCCACUCCUUGAUGCAAUGCUGAAAGUCCUUGUUAUUCGGUAUAUGAGUCGUUAAACUUUUUUUGUAUGAGAUAUUUUCAGGGUUUGUGCAGUCUGGAGGCAAUAUUGAUAUUAUCAUUCAGGUAGGUACUCAUAAUAUAUAAAAUAUUGUUCUCGCAAGCUUUUAUGAACACAAGCUGGAAUAUCUUAUAAUGUAAAUAUUUUGUAAUGUAUUUUUUUAAUUUUAAUGGCACAUAUGAGAAUAGAAAGUCGAGUAGA